CCUUGGCGACCGGAGGCUAUAUAAACCGGUCCGGGACUCUCCUUCACCAUUUGAUUUCUCCUUUUGGUAUGAGCAACACCCAUGCCCAGGAGCUCUCUCUCAGUAGCUGGCUCUGAUACCUCCCGGGCCCCAACCGCUUCUUCGCCAUCGUCCUCCUCUUCCUCCACACACUGCGCCUCACAGCCAUCUUCUCGCUCCUGUUCCUAUUACUGCUCCUCUUCUUUGCCCCUUGCCCCACCUAUGCACUGGCAUGAAUAAAGACUAUGACGUCAUCAUUCUUGGCACUGGGUUGAAAGAAUGCGCCCUCGGGAGUCUCCUAGCCUCUCUUGGAAAGAAGAUCCUCCACAUUGACCGCAGUGCCCAGCAUGCCGGGAGCAGUGCCUCGCUGAGUCCACUCAAUGUUGCCUACCGUCAUUUCAGCAUGUCCAGCUCAUCUUCUGCCACCAUGGGCCGUGGACGCUCCUGCAAGGUGGACUUGCUGCCCAAGUUCCUCAUGGCCAAAGGACAGCUGGUUAAAAUCCUGGCCCACAUGGAUGCACUGCGCUCCCUGGACUUGCGUGUGGUGGAAGCUGGCUUCCUUCUCAAGGGCAGCAGGAUUUACAAGGUGCCCUCAACGGAGACUGAGGCCCUGGCCUCCGGACUGAUGGGACUUUUUGAGAAACGCCGAUUCCGCAAGUUCUUUUUGUAUGCUCUUAACUUCGACGAACAAGACCCUCGUACCUACAAAGGGUUGGAUCUCCGGAAGAUGACCGUAAAAGAUCUCUUUCGGAGAUUCGACUUGGGCCAAGAUGUCACCGAAUUUACGGGACAUGCCUUGGCCCUCAACCGUACCAACAGCUAUCUAGAGCGCCCUUGCAUCGAAAUCUUGGAGAAGAUCCAACUCUAUACGGAAUCCCUGACUAAGAACGGAAAGAGCCCGUACCUAUACCCAAGCUUAGGAAUCGGGGAGCUGGCGCAGGCCUUCGCUAGGCUGACCUCCAGCCAAGGUGGAGUUUUCGUAACAAACAGAUCAGUAGAGGAGAUUCUUAUCAGGGAUGGCCGGGUUGUGGGCAUCAGGUCAGAGGGUCAGAUCACAAGGUGCAAGCAGCUGAUUUGUGAUCCCAGCUAUGUACCAGACCGUGUGCGCAAGGUCGGCCAGGUCAUCAGGGCCAUCUGCAUUCUCGGGCACCCUGUUAAAAACACCAAUGGGGCCAAUUCCGGACUCAUCAUUGUCCCUUCUGCUCAGGCAAAUCGCAGAUCGGACAUAUAUAUUUUCCUUACCACAUCUGUGCAUAGUGUGGCUGUGCAGGGCAAAUACAUCGCCAUAGUGAGUACUGCUGUGGAGAGUAAAGAUCCUGAAAAAGAAAUCCUUCUGGCUCUGGAGCUCCUGGAGCCCAUUGAGCAGAAGUUCUUUUAUAUAAGUGACCUUCAUGUGCCUAAUGACUUGGGGACCAAUAGUCAGAUAUUCAUAACAACCAGCUAUGAUGCCACCGCCCACUUUGAAAGUACCUGUACCGACAUAAAAGAAAUCUACAGAAGGAUGACAGGUUUUGAACUGAAAUUUGACUAAGAUACUUAGAACACCAUAUUGAGGAGAAAAUUACUACCAUGCUACAAUAGAGGAGAAAUGUGGAUAGCUCAGAAAUAAAGUAUCUCCUCCCCUUGGAAACAUCA